UCUUCGGCUCCCACCCCGGGGCGUGGGCCUGGGGGUCCCUCUUCACUGCGCAGCCACUUCUAGCCCGCCGCUUUCGGGACUCUCAACCUUCUUUUCCCUUCCCUGCGGGCCGGCCAGCACCACAACGGGGCCAAAGCCAGUAACUUGGUUGAAAGGCGCGCCCUGGGACAGGUCUACGGGCUCCGCUUUGCGCUGCACGCAGCCCGCAGUAGCGGGUGCCAGAGCAGGGUACGCCGGGAGUUAGCAGCCCAGCCAGGCCGCUAGGCUCGGGCGAGGGGCGGGGCCGGCGCAGGACGCGCAGGCGCACACCGCCUCCCGGGCAGCAUGGCGGAUGCAGCUCCUCAACUCGGCAAGAGAAAGCGUGAAUUGGACGUGGAGGAGGCCCACGCCGCCAGCACAGAAGAAAAGGAGGCAGGAGUUGGAAAUGGUACCUGUGCUGCUGUCCGCUUACCAUUCUCCGGCUUCAGAGUGCAGAAAGUGCUGAGGGAGUCUGCGCGGGACAAAAUAAUUUUCCUACAUGGGAAGGUGAAUGAGUCCUCUGGGGAUGGGAAUGGAGAGGAUGCCGUUGUGAUCCUGGAGAAGACGCCAUUUCAGGUGGAACAGGUGGCUCAGCUCCUGACAGGCAGCCCUGAGCUCCAGUUGCAGUUCUCCAACGAUAUCUACAGCACCUAUCACUUGUUCCCUCCAAGACAACUGAGUGAUGUAAAGACGACCGUGGUUUACCCGGCCACAGAGAAACACCUGCAGAAGUACCUACGCCAGGACCUCCGCCUGAUCCGAGAGACGGGAGAUGACUACAGGAACAUUACUUUACCCCACCUGGAGUCCCAGAGCCUCAGCAUCCAGUGGGUGUAUAACAUUCUCGACAAGAAGGCUGAAGCGGACCGGAUUGUUUUCGAGAACCCAGAUCCCUCUGAUGGUUUUGUCCUCAUCCCUGACCUCAAGUGGAACCAACAGCAGCUCGAUGACCUGUACUUGAUCGCCAUCUGCCGUCGCCGGGGCAUCAGAUCCCUACGCGACCUUACUCCGGAGCACCUGCCGCUGCUCAGGAACAUCCUCCACCAGGGGCAGGAGGCCAUCCUGCAGCGCUACCAGAUGAAGGGAGACCGUCUGCGAGUAUACCUGCACUACCUGCCCUCCUACUACCACCUGCACGUGCACUUCACCGCCCUGGGCUUCGAGGCCCCUGGCUCAGGCGUGGAGCGGGCCCACCUGCUGGCUGAGGUGAUCGAGAACCUGGAGUGUGACCCCAGGCACUACCAGCAGCGCACACUCACCUUCGCCCUCAGGGCCGACGACCCCCUGCUCAAGCUCUUGCAGGAGGCUCAGCAAAGCUGAAUUAACUCAGGCAGAAGAGCACAGAUGUGUGGGAUUGGGGGAGAAGUGGGGACAAGAUUUUUUAUCUCCAAGUGAAUUUUCUAAAAAUGUAUUUUGUACCGGCUUAUUCCUAGUAGUGAAUAAACUAGUGGGCUCAC